AUGGCCACAGCAGAGGCUCCUUCAGCCUUGGUCGUCAGGGCCUUGGGCACGGCCGCGGCCUCUGGCUCGUACGGGGUCUUCUGCAAGGGAUUGUCUCGCACCCUGCUUGCGUUUUUCGACUUGGCCUGGCAGCUACGCAUGAAUUUUCCGUACUUCUACAUCGCGGGCUCCGUGAUACUGAACAUCCGCUUGCAGGUACACCUGUAG